AUGUCGCAGCGCACGCUCUACACCGAUCCAACGCACCUCUGUCGCCCUCUCAACACUCGCCUGGAGUCUUCCGACUCAGGCUACGAAACAGGAUAUGACACUGAAACGUCUACCCUUCUCUCCCCAACACCGACAGAGACAAGUUCGCUGCUCGCCCAUGCCAUCUCCCCAUCCUCAUCAAGUCGCGACACUCUGGUCGCAGCCGAAGAAGGCGAGAGCGACUCGCCCAAGACCGCCGGCAUGACACCAGUUCCCACCAGGCAGCUCGUCGUGCUUUGCAUCUGCCGCAUCGCAGAUCCCGUGGUCUUCACGCAGAUCUUCCCGUACAUAAACGAAAUGCUUACGUCGUUCGCCCUCGAGCGCGAGCGCGUACCUUUCUACGCCGGCCUAGUCGAGAGCGUCUUCGCCGUCGCCCAGCUCGCAACGAUAUACUUCUGGGCGCGCAUGUCCGACCGCUUCGGCCGUCGUCCCAUCAUCUUCCUCGGCGCCUUCGGCAUGGCGAUGGGCACUCUCCUCUUCGGUCUGUCAAAAAGCUUACCGGCUGUCUUGUUCGCACGGAGCCUGGGUGGCUUGUUCUCCGGGAACGUCGCGGUCAUGCAUUCAACGCUUGGAGAGCUCACCGACGCGACCAACCAGGCCAUCGCCUUCCCAAUUUAUGGUUUGGCAUGGCCACUGGGGUCUAUCAUCGGCCCCUUGAUCGGCGGCACCUUCUCCAACCCAGCCAUCCAUUUCCCUGCGGUCUUCGCAAACUCGUUUUGGCAAACCUAUCCCUACUUCCUCCCUAGCGUCCUGUCCGCGUGCUUCUCAUUCGGCGGCAUCGCCCUCGGCUAUUUCUUCCUCCAGGAAACUUUACCCAGCAAACGCAGCACAGCUGCCUCCAAGCCGGAACAAGAGUCUUCUGACAAGGAGAAGGAGUCCCUCAGUACCCGCGAGCUCCUAGCACUCCCCGCACUGCGCGCCCUCUGCAUCUCUGGUUCUGGCCUCAGCUUCAUCUCUACCGCUUUCGAUGUCACCUUCGUGCUGUUUUGCUACGACGCGGUCGAGCGUGGUGGGCUUGGGUUCUCGGCAGCGGAGAUCGGCAUGGCCCUAGCCCUUGCGGGUGUCAUGGCUGGCCUCAUCCAGGUUUUCAUCACGCCCAUCCUCCUCGCGCGGUGCGAUCUCGCGCGUCUCUAUCGCAUGUCCUGCCUUCUCUGGGUCCCCUGUUUCUUCUGCGUGCCCCUGCUCUCGCUUUUCGCCACCUCCUCUCCCGCAGCGCUAUGGACGGCCAUAGCGGCGCUCCUCGGUCUCAGCAAAAUUGCAUGCCUCGCCUACGCCACGGGCAUGAUCCUCGUCAAGGGCGCCUCGCCGAGCCCAAGCGAGCUCGGCGCCUCCAAUGGGCUCGUCCAGACUUUCAUGUGCGCUUCGCGCUCCUUCGCACCCGCGGGUGCGAGUGCACUAUUCGGCGCACUAGCCGGUGGCUGGUGGGCCAUGGCCCUCGGCAUCAUCGCACUCGGCUGCUGGGUGUUGACGUGGGGCGUUGUCUGCGAGGGGGAGGUCGACCGCGAUGCCGCGGCUUGCGGUUUCGAAUGA